AUGGAUCAAGUCGCGCCCGAGGUGAUAACAUUUAUUACGAACCGCAGUGGGAUUGAUGCAGUGGAGGCUUUUAAGUCACCUGGAAAUGACCAAACGCUAGCAAAACCAUUUUCCGACUCGUUCGUGUUUGAGAUUGACGAGGACAAAGAGUCAGAUAACGAUAUAUUAGGACAGAGCAGCUCCUCGACCAAUACCAUACUGAACGAUGUAGACGAAGAUGUUACGACUGCAGAAGACGUUGAUGAUCCAGUUUUUACAUUGGAGAAAAUGGUGGCUGGUCAGCGUGUUUGUUGCGCCAUGUGUGCACUCCACAAUACAAGGUCGGACGAACAAGUUUUCGCGUGCUGGCAAUCGGGAUCCGUCACCAGUCGGUUUAUAAGACUACGAGCUGAUGCUGGGGCUCAGCGCGUCUCUCCUUCAGUCGAAAGUCCGGUUCUUGCGCAGUCAAGAUCACCUCAAGGGGGAAGCGCAAGGGAUUCCCUAAAUAUUCUGCACGAGAUGUUGUCACCGCUGCAUCCGUAUGUAGUGUCCGAUAAUCAAAAAGCCGGACUCGCGGUGACCAUGCACGAUGGAACUCCGACACUACCAUUUCCAGAAUCGCCGGGUACUCCUCCUACUUUACGCGACUCUACAGCUUUCCAAAUUCACCUUGACAGGCAAGACGAUUGGCAACAGAAGGAAGACGCUUCAUCGCCUACAUGUGAGCUUCCCGCUGCUGCGAACAUAAAACUGUCUCCGAGGCUUGAAAAUUUUCGUCCGUUGUCACAUCGGUCGCUAAUUGUGUUUCACUCGAUCCGCAACAAGUUCAUGUCUCGAAAGCACUGUGUUAUUUAG